CACAGCAUUUGCAGCGACUCGUGGGGUUAAUGAUUUGCCCUGCAGCCUGGUAUCUGUGUUUAUCACCGCUCCCUGUGUGUCUUUGCGUCUGGAAAACGAAAGUGCACUUAGGUUUCCAUUCUAGCGGCAUAAAUUGGCUGCAAGACGACGCUGUUGUCACUCGACAGCUGAGGAACUGAAGACAUGGCUCCAACACUGUACAACCACGGUGCGAAGCCCGGAGACCUGAUCCAGAUCUCCCGUGAGAAUUACGAGCACUGGGCCAUCUACAUCGGCGGAAAUGAAGUCGUCCAUUUGAUUCCUGCAACUGAUGAUUUAGGUGCUUUGGGUAACCUGGCGAUGCUCUUUGACAGCAGAGGAGCGCAGGUGAGGCGUCAGAAGAUCUGGGAGGUGGUCCGCUUCGACAGUUUCGAAGUCAACAACCUCCUGGAUGACAAGUACCAGCCUCGCGAACGUCAGGUCAUCGUGAGGGAGGCUUGCAGCAUGGUGGGCGACGUGAUGCCGUACUGCAUCGCCACUCACAACUGUGAGCACUUCGUCACGGGGCUGCGAUACGGCAAGCCGGAGUCACGACAGGUUAAGCAAGUGGCUGCGAUUGGAGGCGCAGCCAUCGCAGGUGUAGGCAUCCUCGCUUUGGGCGCUGCUCUGUUCGCCAUGCUCAAAGAAGACGACCACGAAGAGAGACGUCAUAAGUGACAGCAACAAUGCAAGCAAGAUACAGGGACUGACCUGUGCAUAGUUAGAGUCAUUUCACAUUUCAUUUUGUCUUUGUUUGGCAGUGGAUCACUGUGAAGACAGUCUUGCCACACUGUCUGUUAAUUAACUGCUGCAAUGUUCAGGUUCACGUUUGUUUGAAGUCUGAAAUGUAUAUUAUGAUUAUGUUUCCACAUAAGACACUAUAAGUUGUAAAUAAAGUCAAAUUUAAUGUAUUUAUGAGAUCCA